AUGCUCGACCCAAACGUGGCGCCGGAAGGCAAAAUGCUCUGGAGCGAGCUCGACGCCGCUGUUACUUUGCUGCGAGAGCAAAUUCGCCCGGGGCGCUUCACCGAUCAUCACACCAAGCCGGCCCUCAUCUACACCUUCCAAUGGGAAACCCACGCGCGCCUCACCAAAGCCCACCUCGACGCCAAAACCAACAAGACCAACAUCCGGCAGUCCCGCCAGCUCGACCUGCGGGGCAAGGAACCACCGCCCGACGCCCUCCUGCUGCUGCGCUGGCUCCUGAACACCCCCGUGGGAGCCACGCGGUACGAGGACGAACCCGUCAAGGGUGCUGCUGCCGAUGAUGGUGACGAGGACGAGGGCAAGCCGGUGGUGGUGGUUGGGGUGGGGGAAGGGGGGGCUGCCGGGUAG